AGUCUAUUCAACAAUCAACCAUAAACGUUCUUAUUAUUUUCUUUUUCUUUUUAAAAGUAAUAUAUUAGAAAUAAUGUUCCGAAAAUGAACAAUAAUUCACUCUAAACUUCAUAGACUUACUGAAAAUAAUACACAAGUGAAUUUUUCAUCUUCAGUAUCAAAGUUGCUUAACUAGUAAAGAAUAUUCUUUGUUUGAAAAUGAUAUUUGAACUAAAUAACUGAAAAUUUUGUUCUCCAUUUUAAGAGUUUCGAUAACAAAAAAUAAAAUGAGUAAAACAGGAAACUGUCUAUUAGAAUAGUUUGCUUUUCCUCAUUGAUACAAUAAUCCUCAGCAGAUGCUAUUUCAUUUCCUUCGAACAAGUAUAAAUGAUUUAGUGAUAAACUUAUCUAAACAAUAUUUUUAUUUACUUUUUAGACUCUAAAAGAAUAAAAUACGUUCAGAAUUUUCGCAAAUCUACGUUUUAACCAAUAAAGAUCAACAAAUGUGGAUACAAACAUGGUGUGAAAAUGCUUAUCACCGUAGUAAUCGAGAGAAUCCUGAUUCAUCUAAUGAUCACUUCCAUCAUAUGCAAUCGAUUCCGUACAAUUAUCCUCCCAUUCAUGAAAAUUUGAUACAAAAUGAUAAUCCUAAUAUAAUCAAUUCAUUCUCUUAUAAUAAUAAUUUUAUUAAUACCAGACUACCAAUAUCAUUUUUACAAAUUCCAACUUCAUGUAAUCAUGCGAACUCAACAAUGAUUGUGUCACAUUAUUCAUCAUCACCGGUUACUUUGGAUUAUUGUAAUAAUGAAAAUACAAAUAAUAUAAUGAGUAACACACUAACUAAUUAUGCUACUCCAAAUGAAUCUAUAUCACUAAAUCAUAUUGGUAAUGAUAAUAAUAGUAGAAAGAUGAAUAAUAUUGAAGAUAAUAAUGAUUAUGUUAAUAUUCAGCAUCAAGACGGCAACAAGAUGAAUGAAAGAGAAAAUAUGCCUUUACCGAGCCAUGACCUUGUACAAGAGCAUUCCGACCAAUGGGAUCGAACGGUAAAAAACUCAUCUGAACAAAUGAAUAAUAUCAUGACAAAUACUAUCAGAGUAAAUAAUACAGAAAAUAAUCAAUUUUAUGAACAAUUAAAUCAACCAAAUAUAGAUACAAAAUCAGUUAAUUUUAAUAAUUGUCUUUGUAACCAAUCUGACAUGUAUGCGGAGAAAAUUAAUUCCAAUUAUUCUGAAACAUCUUCUUCAUUGUGUGAAUUUCAAUGUACUGAAAUACCAGAAAUAUCAAAUCAUUUAUUAGAAUCCACUGAGAAAAUUUAUCAUCAUCAACAUCAUAACCAAUUUAAUGAUAAAACUAAUCGAUAUUGUAACAAUCAAAAUAUUCAACAUGAUUGGUCAAUAUUAAAUACUAUGCCAAAUGGAACAGAUUAUGAAUUUGUUAAAUCACAAAUGAAUUUAAUGAAAAGUACACAUGAGAAUAAUUCAAAUUAUGAAAAUUAUUCACCCUAUUUCUCAUAUAUGGAUAAUAAUAAUAAUAAUAAUAGUGAUAAUCAUUAUAAUUAUUAUAAUUAUUUAAAUAGAACUGAAAUGUUAAAUAAAAUGAUAUUAGAAAACAGUGAUUUAAGUAUAUCACCAAUUUGUUCUAGACCAUCAUUUACAUUACCGUUGACAUCAUCAACAUGUUUAUUAUCUGAUUAUUCAAUGUCAUCUAAACAACAAAUAACUGAUUCGAUUAUUUCAUAUCCAAAUGAACAGAAACUAAUGACUAGAAAACAAACAUUACAAGAGAAAAGUCAAUUGGAUGAAUAUUAUAAUUUUGAUAAAAUUUUUUCUCUCCCCUCCUCAUGUGUUCAUUUGAAAACAAAUAUAUCAAAUUUGAAUAGUGUUUCAUCUGAAUUCAGUGACCAAUAUAAACCAUUCAUUUAUCAUAUAAAUAAUAAUGAUCAAUUAACUAAUGAAAAUACAAAUGGAAAGUUUACUCGUCAAUUGAAAAAAAGUAAACGAUCUAAUCAUUAUUCACGUCGAAUGCCAAAAUUAGAAGGGUUGAAAAAAAUGAAAUAUUCAAAUGGUAACCAAGUUCACCAUCAUUAUCAUGAGCAACACCCAAGUUUAUCAUCGACAAAUGAACUUCUGUCAUUAGAAGUAACAAAGAACAAAAAAACAUCAAUCAUCUCAUCGACAAUCCCAUCAAUAUUACCUACACUAACAUUAGUAUCGACAGAAACACCAGCAACAACGCCAGCCACAACAACAGGCAUUAACACUAUUGAGUUAAAAUCAAUACUUAAAAAAACCACGAAGGAAACUAAUGAUUCAUUACACAAUAAUAAUAAUAAUCACAGAAUAGACGAGUUGUAUUGCUCUACUUUGUAUGGUUCAAAUAAUAAUAAUAAAACACUGAACAGUACAGUUGUGAAAUCGGAACAAACUGGAGUGUAUAAUGAUUAUUUGUCAAACUAUUGGUUAUCAUCGCAUAAACCAUAUGAUCAUUUUUAUCAUCUUUCUGAUCUAUCUGUUUCACCUCAACCUACAGAUGAAUAUCAUCGUCAUCAUGAUCCUCUUCAACAUCUGCAACUACACCAGCUUAAUCAUUCACAAAACCAUCAUGGAAAUAUUCCUACAGCAUUCAUUACACGUAGUCAAGAACAUAUUCAAAAUAUGCUUGAAAAUCCUGUAUAUUGCUCUAAUUUUGAAAAAGUAACAUCUAUUCAGCAAAAUAAUCCAGACGAAUUAACUAAUAUGAGAAAAUUUAACAGUGACAACAGUAUAUUAAUUAAACAAAUGGAUGCAGAUCAUUUUGAUGUGGAAGAUCAAAUUAAAUUUGAAAAAGAAAUAAUCAGUGGGAAUGAUUGUCCUCCAUGUAAUCAGUUAACAGUGACAAGUACCUCAACCACGACGUCGACGACAACAAUGGUGACAACUAUGUCAACACAACCUGACCAUUCAUUUUUAACGAAUAAUUCGACCUCAUUAAAUUUACCAACUAGCACAAUUCAUCUUAAUACUACUACUAAUAAUAAUACGUUAAUUAAUUCGCAAUUAUUGAGUUCGGAUGUCAAUAAUGAUAGUUUAAACCAUCAAAAUGAAAGAUUCAGUAAUCAUAUCCUGGAUGUUAAUAACAGUAAUAAUAAUCGUAUAUGUAACAAUAAUAGUUUCACAGCAUACAAAUAUCCCUCUCAAUCAAUUUAUACUAAUAAUUGUCAAUUGUUACCGGUUUUGAAUCCCCAACACCAACAACAAACCACUUGCAGUGAUCAAAGUGAAUAUAACUUAGACCAGUUACCAACAAAUUCUUCUAUUAAUGAUACAAUACAAGUAUGUCCAGAAUUACCUACGAAUAACUUGACCAAAUCUUCCCAUUCUUCUGUUGACAUUGUCAGUACAAAUCAUUGUGAUAGUGAUAUUAUUCUCAUUCAUAAUAAAGUUAGUCAAUGUACUCAUCAGUCUAAUCAUUAUCAUCAAAAAUCUCAAUUAAUUUUCAAUGACAUUAAAUCUAUGGACAAACCAUACAAUACAUCAUUCUAUUGUCCAAUAACACCAACAACCAAUCAUCAUGGACAUAUACAAUUAUGGCAAUUCUUAUUAGAAGAAUUACAAGAUCCUGAAGCAAAUGCAUUUAUUUCAUGGACUGGUUAUGAAAAUGAAUUCAAAUUAAAAGAACCAAAUCAAGUAGCACAACGAUGGGGUGCUAGAAAAAAUAAACCAAAAAUGAAUUAUGAAAAAUUAAGUCGUGGUUUACGAUAUUAUUAUGAUAAAAAAAUUAUUGAAAAAGUUUCUGGAAAACGUUAUGUUUAUCGAUUUACACGUAAUUUAAAUGAAUUAAUUAAUAAUCAAUUUACAGAAUCUGUAUCCUCAUCAACUUCAACCACAUCAUCGUCAAUGACAUCAUCGUCUAUGACAUCAUCAUCUAUGCAUAAUAAUCAACAUUUUAAUAAUUUUAUGAAUAUGAAAACAUUCAAAAGAUCAUUACAUAAAAAGAACACAUGGACAAAUGAAAUUUUUGAAGAGAUCUAAUGUUGAGUUGUUUUCUUUUCCAACCAAAAAAAAGAAGAAAAAAGAAAUAGAGAUUACAUGUGUAUAGUUGUGAAGAAGAUAAUUAGAAAAAUAAAACACGCCCAUCUAUUUGAAAGUGUUCUAGUUAUUUGUGAAACAUUCCCUUUUUGAAAAAUACCAAUCAAGUAUACUUAUGAACACAAUCAUAUUAGAUUACAACAUUCCUUAAUGUUUCUUCUUCAAAAUAUAAUUUAUUCUGAAGCGAACAUUAUUAUUAUUAUUAUCAUUGAUAGUUGCUCUUAUCUUGUGGACACAUAGAAUAUGAUCAUUUUGACUUAAUCCCUAAAAUACAUUGACAGAGAUAUUGAACUAUGAAUGUAAUAGCUUUGUUGUGUAUAUCUUUUGUACAUACAUUUAAAUUCUCAAAAACGUGUUAAUUAGAUUUAUCUGUUUUUUUCUUUCUGUGUACAUGAAAAAAGAUCUAUUUGGAUCAUUUUGGAUUAUAACUAUUUCACUCAGUCAAAUGCCUAAUUAAUAAUUAGUCUGUCAGUGUAAAAUUGGAUAUAUAUGUUAACUUAAGACAUAAUUCGAGACUUUAUUUCAAUAUUAGUGUUUGUAAUUUCUUAUUGUUGUUAUUAAUAUUAUGCAGGAAUGGAAUUGACCACUCUCUGCUACCAUGUACAGUUCCUGAACUGAUUACCUUGAUAUAGACUUCAUUUAAAAGUUUUAGUUUAGUUGGAAAGCACUGUGUUGGAGUCUCACUGUAAACAUUAAUACUAGGAUACCGUAACAUCCAUCUGACGAGUUCUAGUUGGAAAGAAACGCUUGGAGAAGACUUGUAGCUCAGGUG